CUCAUCUAGCAUAUUUUGGGCUCGAAAGAGAAUGGAGAUGCUCCUAGCAAGCUUAUUGCGCAGCUGCUCCACAUGGGCCUUCCAUGUUAGUAAGUCGUCUAGUACUACACCUAAGACUUUGUGCUGUCAUACUCUUUUGUAUCAUGACAUUGUUUAUUUGUAUGUUUAAGUGCUCGUUGAGACCUUUCCUGCCAAAUAGCAUGUAUUUAGUUUUUUCAAGAUUCAGAGAUAAUUGAUUUGCGUUGAACCAUUGUUGCAAUUUUGCUAGCUCCGCAUUUAUUUGCUAAGAGAGACUAGUCAGGUCCUUCCCUGAACAAAAGAUAUUGGUGUCAUCCGCGAAAAGUAAAAUUUUUAGUAGUUCAGAUUCUUUGUAUAAGUCAUUUAUGUAUAGGAUGAAUAGUUUCUGUCCCAGGACAGAGCCUUGGGGCACGCCGCAUGUGACUUGACGUGUAGUUGAUUUGCACCCAUCAAAUGUUACAUAUUGCGAUGGUUAUGUAGGUAGCUACGUACCCAAUUUAGAACGACGCCUCAAAUUCCAAGUCUUUCGAGUUUUUCCAGUAAGAUAUCGUGGUUAACAGUAUCAAAGGCUUUUUUUAGGUCCAGGAAAAUUACCACUGAAUAUUGUUUUUGGUCAAUAGCAUCUGUGAUGAUUUCUACAGACUCCGUUAGGGCCUGCGCAGUGGAGUGGUUUUUUUAUAAACCCGUAUUGGCUAUCAUGUAAUAAAUGAUGUUUUGUUAUGAAUUUGUCCAGUCUGUUGUUGAAGAGUUUUUCGAGGAUUUUAGAUAGUUGAGGCAGGAUAGAGAUGGGUCUAUAGUUGUUGAACUCAUGUGAGUUCCCGCCUUUGAAAAUUGGGACAACUUUCCCAAUUUUCAUUUCUUCAGGGAAGACUCCUGUCUCAAAAGAUUUAUUGAAAAUAUGGGUUAUGGGGAGUAAUAUUUCAUUAUGAAUGUUUUAAAUAAGUUUCAUAUCAAUUUCAGUUAGGUCAGUUGAUUCUUUGUUAGCACACUGCGUAAUUAAGUUCUAAACCUCAACGACCUGAACUGGUUUCAAAAACAUGGAUUUUAGUUUAGGGUCAGGGUGCCUAUAGCCUGUUACAGAGGCAAUGUUUUCAGCUAAUUUAGGCCCAACUAUCACAAAGGAUUUGUUAAAUUUAGUUGCAAUCUCUUCUUUGUUCUUCAGCUCAAUGGUGUCUGAAUAAAAGAAGUCAGGGUAAGAUUUUCCUGACUCCUUAUUUUUCUUUAUCAUCCCAUUUAGAAUUUUCCGCAGUCUGCACGAGUAGUUCCUGCUGUCUUCCAGUAAUUUACCAUAGUAUUGUUUUUUUUUACACGCUCUCAGGAUGGAAUUUAGCUUAUUCCUGUAUUAUUUAUACCUAUCCUCAGCAAGCCUUGUUUUUUGGGGAGAUAAAAGACUUGUACAGCAAGUUUUUUUGUUGUUGUUGCAAGCAUUGAUAAGCAACUUGGUCAUCCAAGGUUUGUUUUGCAUUCUUUGUUUUAUGUGAGUCAACUUGACCGGGCAGUGUUUGUCAUAUAUCUGCUGAAGUGUAAUCACAAAGCAGCCAUAAGCUGCAUUUACAUUAUUCGCAUUAUAGACAUCAUCCCAGUCUUGAGUUGAGAGACCUUUUUUCAUGUUUUCAAUGUUUUGAUCAGUUGUAAUUCUUUUGUAGACUGACUUUGUCGGAUUUACGCAAUAGUUGCGCAGAGUGUAGUUAGCGAAGAUUGGCAGAUGGUCAGUGAUAUCACUGAUUAGCAAACCACUUUGAGUCUGAUUCAGCAGAAUGUUGGUAAAGAUAUUGUCAAUGAGUGUCACACUGUGUGACGUUAUUCUUGUUGGCCGUGUAAUUAAAGGGCACAUGCCUAGGGAGUACAUGGUGGCAACAAAAUCAUCUAUCUGCUCUAUAGAUAUACAGUAUAUAUUCUAGGGCUGUCAAAAAUGAUGGUGUUAAUGGGCGGUAAUUAAUUUUUUUAAUUAAUCACGUUAAAAUAUUUGAUGCAAUUAACGCACAUGCCCCGCUCAAACAGAUUAAAAUGAAAGUGUCAUGUCCAUUUGUUACUUGUGUUUUUUGGUGUUUUUUCGCCCUCUGCUGGCACUGGGUGCGACUGAUUUUAUGGGUUUCAGCACCAUCCAUGAGCAUUGUGUAAUUAUUGACAUCAACAAUGGCGAGCUUCUAGUUUAUUUGUUGUUUAAAAUUUUUUACAUAUUUUAUUAGAACGAAAAUAUUAAGAGGGGUUUUGAUAUAAAAUUUCUAUAACUUGUACUAACAUUUAUCUUUUAUGAACUUCAAGUCUUUCUAUCAAUGGAUCGCUUUAACAGAAUGUUAAUAAUUUUAAUGCCAUCUUGAUUUAUUGUUAUAAUAAACAAAUACAGUACUUAUGACACUGCGCAACCGCUUUUGUUUCAACCCAGCCAUAAGAAAAAGGUAAGCAAUUAUAGUUAUUAUUUGAAAUGUCUAUCAUUUUCAUCUUAGAAUCAUUAAUUGAUGUAUUAUAUUUAGUUUAAAAACAAAUGACUUUGAAAAAUUAUUCACUCGCAUAUUUUAAACUUUUAAAUACAUUCCGUCACAAUGAAAAAAAUUGUGUCAGUAAAUUGGUCACGAAUAUCUACCUCAUAACCAUCGCUUAAUUUAUUUUUUUUUUUGGUUAGUUUUUUUUUUUUUGUAACUGUCGCAUUUUGCCUGAUAUUUUAGAUGAUAAAUCACCCAUCUAAACAAAAUAAUUGACAUAUUAAAAAAAUUAUUAAUUAAAAAAAAUAAUAAAACAUUUUCAAGGGUAAAUAUUUGAAAAAGAACAUCUCGACCACUCCUUACUGUCCGUGACUUGCGCAUCGUGACCCUUGCUAUAUUACCAUGUUUCACCCAUCAAAUCUUCACAAAGUCCGGCUAUGCCCAUUCACAGUUGUAUAUUGACACUUGUGGUACAUGCUCCACGGAGUUUUUGGAUCGAAACAAGGUAAGUACGCGAUAAUGUCUUGUUAAAAUCAGCAUGCCUUGGAUGAUGCUCGCCCCUCAAGUUACCAGAAAGCCACAAAAAGACGUCCAUUGCAGUCGAACGAUCGGGUGACAAUGAUGGACACAGCAGGCUAUUUGGCUAACGUGCUACCCAUUGUCUUUUCCAUCCUUGAUGCCGUUUGGAUAGCUUAUCAUGUGAUAAUAUCGAUGUAUUAGAUACAUUUGAUGCUUAUAUGAUAAAGGCAAGGUCCUAGGCUCCAAGGCUAAAUACAACAAAUAGAUAGUGUUAUGUAUUGAGAUUUAUAUAUUCCCUUUAUGCAUAUGGAACCUUUUAUUCUCAGUCAAAGCAGUCAUGCAUUCGCAUUCUUUAAUCAUAAUUGAAAAAAUAUUUUAAAAGCCCACUGCAAAAAUUAAAACAUGGGAUUAGAACUUUACCCCUAAACUUUCCCUGAAAAUGUUUUUUUCUUUGCACAACUUAAAAUCAAGCCCAUAGACUUCAUAGUACUUGACAGUACACGUGAAACAAGGCCGAUCCAUAGGAGGCCUAUUUUCAAAAACUUCAAAUUCAAAUAUUUUCAAAACCAAAGCUGCUACCGACCUAAAACCAAAACAGGCACCUACCUAAGUCAUAUGUGAGUCUCCAUAAGCAGCGGCAUCAAAUAAUUCAUAAGUCAUUCCCUUAUAAAAUCCUGAUUGUUUUUAUAUAAGUAAAGCAAAACUUAAAUUGGAUAUAAAAUUCUCAGAUUUUAGACUACAUGGACACAAAUCACCAAAUGCAGAGAUAAUAUCCGAUAAUUUCAGGAUCAAUAGCAAUAUUAAACAUAUCAUAUAAGUUUUCAACAGAUAAUAAAAGACUCAAUUUUCACAUCAGAAAUUUAAUACUUGAGGAAAACAUGCAGAAUCAAUUAUUCGUUCAUUCAUUCAUUUGUUUAUUUCAGGCCAUGAUUUUCCUUGUCAAGACAGCAAGUAUAUACAGCUCAUAUAAACAUAUAACAAAAAGAGCAGCAAAACUAAGUAACAUAGCAACAUCAACUACAUGCCUGAAAAGGAGUGGGAGGAAGAAAACUUAUUUAAUCCCACCCCUAUUCUCAUUUAAUUAGGAACAAAAAAAAAUCUUGCUACUUCCUUCCAAAAAUGUAGGCAACCAAAAUUCAGUUCAAACAGUUAUGUACAAUUUCAUUUUUGUAACAAAUGUUGUCCCUUGACAUGAAGUUACCACAGGUAACACCCAAACCCAAAAACAAUUUCAUACCAACAUGGUAAUGAAAGUAAAACCAUACCAACUAUGGUAAAGGCCACACACACAGAACAAACAAAUUAUAAAUGGCAACAAUAACUUUACCAACAAUGGUAACGGGCAAUAUACCAGCAAUGGUAAGAAACAACCAGCACUCAUACCAAGACAACUUAUUGAUGUAAUUAAGACCUUAAAUCAGUAUACUGUGACCAGACCAUAAGUUUGUAUAACCGUUUAAAUCUGUAGAUAGUUUGGCAUUGCUUGUGUUGCAUUCCCAGAUUAUUCCAAAGAUUCACUCCACACACAGACACACAAAAACUUUUACGAGUUGUUCGAAUUUUUGGUUUUUUGAAGUCUCCAUAUCCUCUCAAGUUAUGAGUUCUCUCUUUCAUUGUAAAAAAGUUUUGCAAUUUUGUUGGUAAUAAUUUAUUGAAUGCUUUAUAGAGGAUUAUUGCGGUAUUAUACUUUACAAGAUCGUUAAAUUUUAGCAGCUUUGAGUAAAUAAACAAUUUAUGUGUGUGCUCCAGAAACCCGACCUUAUGGAUGAUUCGAACAGCCCGUUUCUGUAAGGUGACUAAAGGAUUUAUCGUGCUUUGAUAGGUGUUUCCCCAAACUUCAACACAAUAUGAGAAGUAUGGAAGAACCAAAGAGCAGUAUAAAGUGCGGAGUGCGUUCUCGUCAAGAAAUUGUUUCGCUUUAUUUAUAAUUGAGAGACUCUUGGAAAUUUUUGUUUUUAUAUGUCUGAUGUGGGGUUUCCAUGUCAGUUUACUGUCAAUUUUGACACCUAAAAAUGUAUUCACAUCUACGUUUUCAAUUUGGAUAUGAAUUAUAAAUAAUAUAUAAAUAGAUAAUUAAUAAAUUGUAUAUACAAUCACAACUUACUCUACAAUAGUAUGCAAUUGUGUGCAAUGAAAUUGUGGAGCAUUUCCACUUUACUGUCCAUUAUUCAUGAACAUCUUAAAAGUGACUUGCAAGUAUAAAAUCUAAAUAAACAAAUAAAAAAUGCGUAUGGGAUAGUCGUAUGGUCAGGCAGUGCAAAUAAUCGAAGUGAAUGAGCAGCACUUUUACAGUUAAUGCUUUGAAUAUUGCAGGUGAGAAAGUAUUGAACAUAGAAUAUUGCAUGCAAAUGAAUAUUGGACUAUGCCUUGUCAGCUUCCUCGACUUGUACAAGUCUCUUUUCCUCGCCAUCUCCUUUCUGCCGGUCUGCCACUCUAAGGCCUUGUACGUCCUCGCUUCGGAAGUAACAUCCCUUGAGAAGUUCGCACCAAAACAGUUGAAGAGGGAACUGCUGAUGUGCGGCAAAAUGGUGUUGACCCCCCUGUGCCCCUCCUGGCACCUGUACCCCUGCAAGGUCCGGUCUGAGGCCGUCAGCAUCAAGAUCCCCUCGUCAUCCUUUUUCUCCUCUGCCUUGGCACGGUCCAGGUCAGCCUGGACAUCCACGGGGUAGAACCCGACGAGCUUAAGCAAGUGCAGGCGCUGGGCCAGCCUAUAGACCCUACUCACAUGACGUCACAACCAUGCCCCCGCGCCAUAUUGUCCAUCAACUCGUCACUGUUGAUGCAUUACCGCUACGUAAAUUCCUCCUAUUAUGGCGUGUUUUUCUGCUCGUUAACAUUAAUAAUCAAAAUGGUGAAGGCGUGUGUGGCGCUCGGUUGCAAUAACAGAGAAGAUAGACGGAGAGACUUGAAGUUCUACCGGAUUCCGAGAGACCCGGAGAGGAGAGCGAGAUGGGCUGCUGCAAUUCGACGAGAAAACUGGGCUCCAAACGAUUACCACAGAUUAUGUAGUAGUCAUUUUAUGUCUGGUAAGAUGCAUUUAAUAUAUAUUUAGAGGGUUUUGGGCUGACAACCACAAUUAAGAUCAUUGCUAGGCUAAUCGCCGACAACAUACCCGUAUGUAUGUAGUGAGAGUGCUAUCGCUAAACCAUAUAAACAUUAAAAGCCCUAGCUCCAUUGACAAAUGACAUGAAAUACAUUAGACUUGACAGUGGAUGUUAGCAAGAACAAAAGAUUUUGAAUUGAAAAUUUCAUAACUCACCUUCCCGAGCACAAGAUAGAUUCCUGCCGAAUUUUCGUGGACGAGGACCUGUUUCACCCAACCAGCAACGAAGUAUUUAUAAGCCUCCAAGCUCUUAAGGUUUUUCAAACUUUUGUGAGAAUAGGCUGAUUUUGUGUGGACAAGAUAGUUGUAAAUAUCAGGGUAGCAGAUGUCAGGCAGAGACGGCGAAGACAGCGGGUCGAAAAACAUCGAUUUAGGCAUCAAAUAUGGAUCUGGCGAAUGGAUAAACUGAAGCUUUUCCACAGAACGCCUUUUAUGCAACGCAUCCAAUGAGUUUACAGCGUCAGAUAACACCGGGGCUUCCAUGAAUUGCUCUAUAAAUUGCACGACUAAUUGAAACCAUUGAGAAUAGGGCUAAAAAAUGACGGACAAUAUGGCGGCCGGAUACAGCGACACGUCAUUUUGUGACGUAGGUGAGUAGGGUCUAUUGCUGACCAUGAAGUUCUUUAUGCUGGUCCAGUAAUUGGUGCCGCACAUUUGGCGGCGCUUGCCAAAUGAGUGCUCCGUUGGGUCAGAGUUGGCCUUCCCCAUGCAGACAUACUCGACCCCCGGGAUCUUACUAGUGACGAGAUUUGUCGUUCACUUGAGUAAACGAAUCCAUUCCGGUUCGUUCAGUAAAAAGAUUCGUUCAAACAAAUCGUUCAACGAAUCGUUCGCCCCCCUCAUCUCCCUCCCCGCCCAAACGAAUCGUUCGGUUACUGAACGGGAAGUGACGUUACCGAACGAAUCACCAAAGACCGCUUCGCAGUAUAACUGAACGGGAAGUGACAUUGCUUGGUCCCUCCCUCUUUUCCACAUUGACCACUCGUCGUAGUUUCAGAAAUGAGUGACAGGCGGUAUCAUUCUGCUUACACAGACAGCCUCGUCUCCCUCCUGCUGCUGCAAAAGCGAGGGAGAACUUCCGCGUCAUCUGUCCUAGUUCUAUGGGCUCAAAGUCAUGGCUCGUGCUUGCAUUUCGAUUUAGGACACGGUUAAACAUUUUCCUUUUGUGAGGGGAGUAGGGGGCGGGGGCGCACGGACUUUCUUUAGCAGGUUCUUGAUCACACAUACAAUCACAUAUACAGCAUGUUUGCUGUCACGAAAAUAAAAAUACAUCGAAAGUUUAAUUUCUGAAUAUGGAACGACCAACACAUCAUAUUUACAUCUCGCUCUGUUGUAUUUUUGUUUUUUAGUAUUAAGAUGAUCGUGUUGAAUUUUUGCACUGGUAUUAAUAAAUAAAAUAAUCCGGUCAGCUCCCCUGUCGUCCCCGCAUCUCAGAUCGUCAAAUGCUGACGAGAAAUAAUUGUUUGCUCUUUACGAUGUCGCCUUUCUACUCUCAUUAGUCUGUUAAGAAAAAUAUAGACAUAUUGCGACAUCUCCCGUGUCCGCGUGCUUUGUUUUUGGGCGCUUGAGUAGCACAUGAUGGACGGAUUGACAUAAUUUGUCAAACCAACCAACACCUGACACGAAAAAAAAAAAAAACACUCGGAAAAAAAUUACAUGUAUAUACAGUUUCAUUGCAAAUCAGUAUUAUGGUGAUCAUAUUGUUUUUUUGCACUGGUAUUAAUAAAUAAAAUAAUCCGGUCAGCUCCCCUGUCGUCCCCGCAUCUCAGAUCGUCAAAUGCUGACGAGAAAUAAUUGUUAGCUCUUUACGAUGUCACCUUUCUACUCUCAUUAGUCUGUUAAGAAAAAUGUAGACAUAUUGCGACAUCUCCCGUGUCUGCGUGCGUUGUUUUGGGCGCUUGAGUAGCACAUGAUGGACGGAUUGACAUAAUUUGUCAAACCAACCAACACCCGACACGCUGACACGAAAAAAAAAAUAAAACACUCGGGAAAAAAUUGACAUGUAUAUACAGUUUCAUUGCAAAUCAGUAUUAUGGUCAUCAUACUAAAUAUUUUUUUCUGUGCACAUAUGAGGUAAAUAUCGCUGCCAUGAAGCCUCCAUAUAGUGACAGUUCUCUGCCCGCUUCACUGCCGUCACGCGACCGCAGCUCAGCUUUUGCUUGCCUCGUAGCUACCCGUGUUUUAAAUUACUGUAAAUUUGAUAGUAUGUCGUCAUAGGCAGUCACGAGUUUGUUGAGAAAAGUACUACUCCAAACAAUGCUCGCUAGAUUUGUGUGGUGUUUUUGUCUGUUUGAGCAGCAUUUGAUAGGCUCCACGUUAACAAAUAUGUGACAAAGUGAUUUCCUUUCAUUUUCUGAUUCGUUCACCGCAUAGUCAUUACUGGAAAAUCAAGUUAGCAGCAAGCUAGGUCAGGAACCGGAGGACCGAGUCACUGAACGGGAAGUGACAAAACUCAGUCUUGCCCCCCUGCCUGCACGCUGGCUGCUUAUUGGCCACACGUGGACGUGAGUGACAAACGCCCAGAUUCUGUUUCCGCUCCCUCCCCUGCCCGCGAUGAGGCUGGCGUCUGAUUGGUCGUGUGCGAUGUCAGAAGACGCUGCCGCUUGCUCAACGCCCUCCCACGCAGCGAACAACCACCACCAUAGAUAGAACGAAUCAGUGCAGAUGAUGAUUAGUUCGGUCUCGUUCACCAAAACAAUUCGUUCAAAAAGAACGAAUCGUUCGCGACCGAUACAACACUAGGAGGAUGAUAUCCCUGCAGGAGGCGGGCAGAGCAUUGUACGUGAUGUGCAGAGCCGAGGCAGUGGGUGUCGGCAGCUUACUGGUCUUUGUCCCUCUUUUCUUUUUCUUCUUCGUUUUGGCCCAAAUCUGGAACAUUUUAUCAAAUCAAAAAAUUAAAACUGAAUAAGCCUGCUGUCGAUUCAAUUCAAUUUAAUCAACUACUACAGUGUGUUUACGUACCUUGCAAAUUUCACCAAUCUCCUGGAGGAACUGGAUGUUGGCCUCCGACUGCUCAUCAAAACAGCCUGCCUGGUCCUCAACACCUCCUUCCCCACCCUCAUCACCUCCUGUUCACAUCGGUAGUUAUCAUUCCAGCAUACGUCCUGCCCCGGCCCCUGCACGUUCAUCACAGAGAUCAUCCUCUGGAACAUCUCCAGAACGUCAGCCGUGUCCCUGUGUUCCUCCUUGCCCAUGGUCAUGGCGAGGAGCCUCAGCCCGGCGACCGUGUAGGGGUUGACGACCGCCAUGAUGAGCCCGAUGCUCUGCUUCUCGAUCGAAGAAGGAGCCAGCACCUUCUGGGUAAACUUGUAGCCUGCCUUGACGGACAUACAGUUCUCCCAGGUGGCCAGCGCCUUCAGGCUCGAGAAUCAGGCUGUCCUCAUCCUCUCAGGCUCCUACAAAACAUGUUUGUUUUAGAAAGAUAGGCGUUUUGAGUCAUCCUUUUUAUGAAGUGAAUAAUGCUGCACACUUACUGUACUUCAGCCCCAGGACACCUGGGAAGCACCAUACAGCGGUUGUUGUGGAAGCUGCUGUAGAUGUUCUUCCAAAGGUGCACAGGGUCAAAGUAGACGAAAAUCUGCUUGUUGCCGUCGGUGUAGGACCAUGGUGUUUCACUGAAAGUUAUGUGAUUGAAAUGUUACAUAAAAUAAAACACAUAAAAGCUGAUUGUUUUUUAAUAGGGACGCAAAAAUGUCUAAAAUAAAAUUUAGAGAUACAAAAUCCAACAUGGCUGCCGUAGCAAAAAAAAAAAAAAGAGCUUUUUCAGUUGAACAUUCUUGUGAAUAAAUGCUCAAAUCCCUGAAUUCUUUAUAGAUACGGACGUAAAACGGUCUCGAUUCAUGGUUAAAAGUAAAGAUGCACCGAUACCGAUACUGGUAUCGGUAGGGGGCGCCGAUCCAGCCCGAAAUGGUGGUGUUGGUAUCGGCGAGUACCAACAAAGACGGCGCCGAUACCAUUUACUGGUCCAAUAUUAUAACAUUUGACCGCAGCCUUUUUUUUUUUUCCUCCUGGCGCUCACUACACUCUGUCUCUGUGUUGUGUGAUGACACGUGAACAUCAAGCAGCUAUCGCUAUUGGCCUGCUCCAGACCAAUGAGAGCGGGCCAAUAGCCACUCCUAACCAAUGACAAGGCAGCUUUUUCACAUGGAGGAAACACAAACCAGGAGUAAUGGCGGUGGUCGGGAAGUAUUGCAAAAUAGAAAUCCCGUCGAUUAAAAUCAAUGACUGCAUGCAAGAUUUGCGGCCUGAAAGUUUCGAGAUGUGGAGUUACAUUGGCCAAUUUCAAUACCUCGAACCUGAUAAAACAUUUGAAGAUGAAAUGUGAACGAACACAACGAGUUUGAGCCUGCAAGAGGAGGAGUGGUAUCCAGAGGAAGGGCGCUGGACCUGAGCAACAAUCUCUGGUCAGUUCACUACGUCUACUUUACUUUUUGUGUUUCACUGAAAGAAAUGCCGCAGUAAUUUGGGAACUGUUUCCAAAGUAGGGUUGCCACCUUUCAGAAAUAGAAAUAAGGGACUCCCCCCUCCCGAAAAAAGAGGCUAAUAGAGAGACGAGAUGCUGUGGUCAAUUAUUAUUACUUAUAAUUGUUAGCGUCCGCAAAUGCGGAAACAAGGUGGGAACUCGAAGCAGACAACAAGCGGGGGAUAUGUACAAGGGCUUAAUGAUUGCAAACAAAAAAUAACACGUGAUCGCGGGAUAGAAGAAAUAACAAAAGGAGUCCGUGACAGCAGGUCGACGGAGCUCUAUACUACAAACUCAAAGGUUGACUAAGACGAUAGGCAGCGAGCCAAAAAGCUAAAAUAAAAACAUUCAUAUACCUGCACAGGGUAUAGGGUUACAAACGAGAGCAGCACACUAACAGAAAAAAAACAAUGCAGGGGCGUAACAAGCAAAUGUAGCGAGGCUAUAGUGCGAGAUGUCAAAUGGCAAUCAGCAAGGCAAAAUACCUUUGAGAUCACCCGUGCUUAAAUGAUGCGCUGAUGAGCCUGCAUUGGAUUCAGGUGCGACGUCAGGAAAGCGCCCAUGACCAGCCCAGCAACAAGACACAAUCUAACCAGCAGCAGAAUGUGACAAUAAUAUCAUGAAAGUUGCACUGUUUGGCCUUUGAGAGGUUUAAAAAGGUUUGUUCAGUUAAUUCUGAGUUUAUUAUUAUGAAUUUAUUUUUACUUUCUUACUGUUGGGCUAGCAUUUUACAUGUUUUAUUAAUUUCAUAAAUGUAGCACUAUUUUGGCCUUUGAGAGCCAAAGGUUUAUUCAACUAUUGUCUACUAGGGUUUAGUAGACCAUUCACUUUGUACUAGUCUUUUUCCUAUUUUGCAAAGGUAAGCAACAGCCUGACAAAGUCUUGAUAGCAAAUGAUUUCACAUCCAAUUAUGUAGCUCUUUGGAAAAAAAAAAAAAGAAAAAAAAAAAAUUAUAUAUAUAUAUAAACGGGGUGGUAUCGGUAUGGUAUCGGUAUCAACCGAUACUGCACAGCCAGGUAUCGGGGCCAAAAAAUGGUAUCGGUGCAACACUAGUUAAAAGCAAAAAAAAAACUAAACGUGCAGGUAGCAUUUCGAACAAUGAGGCUAUUCAGUUACGAAAAUUAGCCGCCUCCAUGUGUAAACAAAGACGUAAAACCUCAUGAAUAAAUGCUUAAAUCACUGAAUUCUUUAUAUACAGUGUAUGGGCGUAAAACAGUUUCAAAUCGUGGUUAAAAGCACCAAAAAAAAAAAAAAAAAAAAAUGGGCAGUUUGAAUUUACUUAAAUUUGUCGAAGAAUGAUGCUAGUCUAUUAGCUUUGUUAUGAUAAGGUGGCUGCCACAAUGGCUUUUUCCAUUCAAAAUUCUUGAGAAUAAAUGCUUAAAUCACUGAAUUCUUUAUAGAUAUGGACAUAAAACAGUCUCGAUUCUUGGUUAAAAGCAAAAACCGGGCAGUUGGCAUAUAUUUUGCAUACAUUUGUCGAAGAAUGACGCCAAUGCCGCGGGGGCUCCCAUUGUUUUUUUUCACGACGUUUCAAAAUGCAUGCAUUGUACGAAAAAUAUAAUAAUUACCUUGAAUCCUCAAACAAAUCACUCCUAAGACAAUCCUUGUUGUUAGUAUGCGGUCCAGAUUUCGUACUUUUUGAAUGUAAUUCCGGCUUUGUGUUCAAAAGCAUGUGUGAGAGUCAUUCCCACCGACUUCUAAUAAAUGAAGCUGACUCACACAGCUCCCUACGGACCGGCGGGGCGCAGAGAAUACCUGAUGUGACUUGUCAAGUAUCUUGUAGUCUAUGAUCAAGCCAAAUUAAAAAAAUCUAUGUAGUAAAGUUAUCAUUAACUAUACAGCUACCUCCCCGUUUAGCCAUGUUUAUUUACAAAAUAAAACACAUGGCUAAAUUAAAUCAGUAUUUGCUAACACACCAAUUUCCUUUAUUCUUGUACAUCCCCCCACAUAUUUUAGUGCAUGCAUAUUGAUUAUCAAAGACUUGAGUAGUCAAAGGGGAAUCAUCCAGAAGUGUUUGUUAUUUAUUAUGUACCAGGGUGGGUGUCCAAAACCUUUCUCUAAAUGAGAAACUUAAAGAAAAUUUCAAGGGUCUCAAAAAUGUCUAUUAUUCACUCACCUGUUUGACCUACUUCUAAAGUGUCAAAAAUAUGCCCUCCGUUUCAAAUUUUUUACGUUUUCCAAUGAUCUAUCACACAUGCAAAAAGGACAAUUUUGAAAUUCGGCCAAAUUCAGGGUCUUAGAGCAGAACUUCAAGUCACCUGAGUGUUUUCCACCAUAUAUACAGUAUGUAUAUGUAUAAAUAUAUAUAUUUUUAAUAUACAUACCUCCGUAGAAAGAUCUGAGUCAAUAUUCAAAGAACCACAAAAUUUAUUUACUGCCCAGUUGUUGUUUUUUAAACCGUGCAGAAUGGGAAAAAAAACAAGCAAUAAAACUGACAGCACUGUAAACAGAAGCUUAACAUGCUCAAAAACUUUAGCUUAAUGGCGGAUUGCAAGCAGCUAUCGGGUGCAUACCGCCACCUACUGUACAAGAGUGUGCAACACCCAUAUGAAGAGGCACUGCUCUCUGUUGGCUUUUAUUGGUCAAUUACUUGUUCACCUGCCUAAUCUUGCUUGUACUCGUGUUGCUGUCUCUAAUGCUCAAUUAAGGUACAGUUGCAUGGGGCUUAUCGAAUUUACCGUAGGUAGAAAAAUGAAACUAUCAAUUCACAAUGAGAAAAAACAGAAAACAAACAAAAGUAAUGUGUAACACAGGUGACAAUUUGGUAAGUAGUGGAGUAAAAAGUACAGAUAUGUGCUGUAAAAUGUAGUGAAAUAAAAGUAAUAAGUACCACUUCGUAUUUGUACUCAAGUAAAGCACAGAUACACAAAAAUGUACUUAAGUACAGUUUUACUUAAGUACAUACCACCAUUGUUAAAAUCCACAUCAGUCAAACAAUAAUAGUGAUUCCAACAUGUUCUCGUGCUUGUGCAAGUUGUGUUUGAAAAGCAUGUAAAAGAAGCGAUAAGUAUAUUUCUCCUAUUUUCUUUCUAAAUCCUUUGUUAUCCACGGGCUAAAAUCUUGUCUAAUUGAAACGGUCAUCUUCUGGCAUCUUGGUUUUCAAUAUAAUGAAUAGAAGGGAGGUGCAUCUAUUUUCAGGCGGACAUCCUGGCUAAUUGAAAACGGUCUAUUGCUGCUACCGUAUCCAGUGGCAACUGAAGACAAUUCUAAACAGUUUUCGAGAGGCAACUGCUCGUAAAUUUAAAAAUUUUUUGUUGCUGGUCUACGUCGCAUGUAAUAGAGGAGAGAAUUACCAUACUUUACGUGCUAAUGAACAGACAAUGCAAAGCAGCAAAUUUGUUUCAGGUUGCUAUACGAAUUGAUAGACUCGGUGCAUAAUUAAGCAUAUCUUGUUAAAAAAAAAAAAAAAAAAAAGGUCAGGUUAGAAAGAUACAAUAUGUUUUAUUGAAAAUAACAGUAAUAUUGAUCUAUGUAACUUGGUAUUUGGCUCUUGGUGAUUGAACAAAUGAAUUGCUCUACAAAGGUUUGCUCACUAGUUUUUUUUUUUGUUUUUUUUAAUGAUGGUCUUGUUCUUUUUUGUUUCAACAGUGUUUCAACGUCCUUUAACGGUUGCUCUUUUUGGAAAGAGAAUUUUAUUAAAGAAUCACAUCGGAAAAUUGAUCCUUAAAAAUGACGUUUUUAAAACAAUAUCAAAUCACAUCAGUGUGGAAGAAAACCGUUCUUUCAAAGUUAUCAACACCCCAAACUUCUUUGAAGAAUGGUCCACUCCAGACCAGCAGAUGAUUGACUUCAUGGCUUUGUCCUACCCUGGUCCUGAAUUGUUCCUCCUGGCUGUUGAUUCUGAAACCUCAAGCUCUGAAGAUGUUCUGGCUCAAUUAAUAAAACUCGAGGAAUACUUUGGGAUUGAAAUCAGACAGCAUUUGAUUGUCAUUUUUACCCAACAAAAAUUGUACAAUUCACUUCUUUAUCUGAAAGAUAACAACAUUCAGUUAGAAAUGCUCAAUGAAAACCUGGCCAGUGACUGCAAGAAGUGGGGUUCGGCUCGUCAACGAUUCCUGUAUGACUAUAAAGAUCACAGUCUGCAAGUUGUACAGCGAAGAAGAAAAGAACUAAAGAUGAGAAGCUCUUCGGAAGUGGAGACUGAGAUAAGACCAAGAACUUCAAAAAGGAGGGUUGAGCGUUACAACACAAUUGGUUGGACGAUGAAAUGUAUGUUUCUAGUCUUGGCAGGUUGCAGAAUUUGCAUGUAUUUCAAAUAUAUAUCAAUCGUUAAUUAUGGUUGCAACUUGACAGCUUCUGAUGCAACGGGUAAAGACAAUGCCAGUCAAAGAGGUCGACUCAUCCCACAGGAAAAGAAAAGACCUGAAGAUCCUAGACGCAUGCUUUACCUUAAUGAAUCAUUAAGAUCUUCGGAAGUGGAAACCAAGACAAAAUCAAGACCUACAAAACUGACCAACGAAAGUUACAACCGAAUUGAUCAGACACCGCAAAUGACUUCAUCGUCUGACGCAAUGGAUAUAGACAACGCCAGUCAAGGAGAUGGAAUGACCAAUGGAAUGCGCAAAAAUGAGUUCUACAUUAUACUAAUGGGACGCUCUGGAUCUGGAAAGAGUGCGUCCGCAAAUACCAUCUUGCAGACUACUGAUAGAUUGAAAUUUAAAAAAAUGUAUUUCUUCGAAUCUAAUGCAAGCUCUGUACCGGUCACAACCAUAGUUCAGGUGGGACAUGUGAGGAAUCUGUUUGGAAGGGUUGCGUACGUGAUCGACACUCCAGACUUCUUCAGAGACAAGCUAACUGAUGAUGAGGAAGCGGUAAAGUUGUGUAAAUCUUUCAUUAGUGAGAAUUGUGUGAUAUUACUCGUGUUUCAGCUAGGAGGCAUUACAAAUCUUGACAAUGUUUUCAUGGAGAAGCUGGACAGCAGGUUUGGUCAAAACAUCAGAGAAAAGUCAAUUGUCCUGAUCACUCACGGAGAUUACCUGCAAGGAAACCUUGAGGACUACAUCCACGCAAAUCCUAAACUCUCAGAUAUUGUUCAUAAGUGUGGUGGCCGGUUUCACCUAUUUAACAACAAGUCCAAGGAUCCAAAACAAGUCAAAGAACUGACCAAAAAGAUUCCUCAAUUCAAAAAAGCCUCCGAGUCAAAGGAAAUUCCCUGUCCUUUUCAAUAGUGUAGCUUGAUGUUGAUUUUAGUCCAUUUUGCAAAGAGCUCAACAGUAAAUGCAAAACAGCAUGGUGUGUACAAUGAAUACUAUUGUACUUAGAAGCGCAAAGUCAUCCAUCUUUUUUUCCUUUUUGGGGCUAUAGACCCCAAUCACCAACGUCACACAAUCACGUGAUCGCUGUAUUGUGCCGCCAUAUUGUCUGUCAUUGUGUGUCCGUAUUGUCAAUGAUCGUAGUUUCUAAAGGGGGGAUUCACUUGCAAAUUAUGGAAGCCCGGUGCUUUGAGACGCUGUAAACUCAUUGGAGGAGUUGCAUAAAAGCCAUUAUUUGGAAAAGCUUCGGUCGAUCCAGUCGGCAGAUCCAUAUUUGGUGCCCAAACCGUUGUUUCCUCCCGUCCGGUCCCGUCCCGUGCAUCAGAGCUCGUCCUGAGACCACAAAAUUUCCAAUCAUACUCCAGUUUAUGUCACGAUGAGGAGUCGGGUACCCAAAAUCGGUACCAGCCCGAUUAUAAACCGACAUUUGGUCAGCUGAGCGUCACCGUUGUCACGAUUGUAAAAUGAAACUUGAUCGACAACGGGCCAGUGUGUGCCGAAAAAUUGCUGCCCCGCGUGAAAUGUCCCCCCUGACGGGAGCGCUUAUUUAUAAAGCUUUAUUGACGUUAAAACAUCAGAUGUUUUCAUGGACGCAUUACAGUAAUGGAUUUACGACUGUAAGAUCAGUUUUAAAAAAUUAAAUUACACAAAAUAUUAGUACUGUAUUUCAGUAAAAAAUCGUGGACUGGGCCACAUAACCAUCUUUGAACAGAAAUGUAUUAGUCUACAGGUUUUCACGACCAUAUCCCAAUGACAAUCACACAGGUAUGACAUUUAUUAGUUCAAGCAGAGUAAAAUAAUACAUAUUCACGGUACAAGAAAGUUGUUUCCGUGUGGGCGUUCCCGUCAGGGGGGACAUUUCACGCAGGGCGGCUAUUUUUCGGCACAACACCUGUUGUGGCGCUCACCUUCUUGCUGCGCGACCGUGGCGACGAGCUUCAUAGUCUCCAUCUGAUGAUGUCUGCGAUCGUGUUGGCAUCAUAUUGAUGUUUUCGCCGCUGUCUGACGGCUGUCAACACAAACGCAUCAUGGACCGAGAUAAACAAACCGUGCUGCUUUAGAGAUUUGCCGUUUUAACAAUGGGCACACAGCAACUACUAAAAUGACCGUUUAUCUUCUCUGUUACUGCAACCAACCACCACACAUGCCUUCACCAUUUUGAUUAAUCAAUGUUAACGAUUGUCAGGAAGGUUUUUGGGUUCGUUUACUAGGCGGUGAUUCCUUAGACAAGCAGAAAAACACGCAGUAAUAGGAGGAACAUACGUAGCGGUAAUAUGUAAAAACGAUGAGCUGACGGACAAUAUGGCAGCACCAGUCAGGGGGGCGGAGUUGUGACGUCACGUGAUUGGGGUCUAUAGACUAUCCCAGUCAAGUGGACGUGGGCAAUCAGUUAAACUUACAACAUCAUUGACCCAAAUUUGUCAGUUACACUGUUGUGGUAGUCAGCUUGUCCUACUGUUUAUUCAUGAGGGUGACAAUUAAUACAUUUAUGGCAUAACGGCAGGUUUGUUUGUUUGUUUGUUUCUUGUGAUACGUAUACACUUAAAUAUACAGGAUGGGGCAAAAAUAUGGACGCAGUUCACUUAUUUAUUUUGAAAAGCUUUGAAGUGUUUCUUAAUGUUGAAGAAGGAUAUUUUUAAGCAUUCACAUAAUUAAGCAUUGUUUCAUCAAUGUUCUUUUUUUCUUGCUAUAAGUUCAAAU